UCCUUGGACUAGACAAAGUCCUCACAAUGGGAGUUGCCCACUCCUCUUGUGCUCUCUCCUCUUCUGCAGCCAUUGGCUCUUCUUCCUUUACCCCUCCUUCCCCUACCUAUCCUUGCCCAUCACAAUUGAAACCCAAAUUGGAUUCUUCCGUCUGCUUCUCUGGUCUUAGCAGAACUACCCAGUUAAGGCCCACCAGACUCUCUUCGACAUUGGCGCUGCAGCCUCCGUGGUGUGGAGCUGUCGGGAUGGAGACCCAAGAAACUGAAUUUUCCCUGGCGCCCUUGUCGGGUGUCCAUGGUAUUGAUCAAGAAUUGAUCGAGACGAUGCUGUACGAUGCUCUUGUAUGGAGCUCUCUUCACGGGCUUGUUGUCGGGGACAGAAAUUCCCAGAGAUCAGGGAGAACCCCCGGAGUCGGGAUGGUACAUGCCCCUUUUGCAUUGCUGCCCAUGUCUUUCCCAGAAAGUUAUUGGAGGCAAGCAUGUGAAUUAGCUCCCAUUUUCAAUGAACUCGUUGACCGUGUGAGUUUAGAUGGAAAAUUUUUGCAAGAUUCACUGUCCAGGACGAAGAAGGUGGAUGCUUUCACCUCUAAACUUCUAGAUAUUCAUUCAAAGAUGCUACAGAUGGGAAAGAAAGAAGAGAUUCGCUUGGGCUUGCACCGUUCAGAUUAUAUGCUCGAUGAACAAACAAAAUUACUCCUCCAAAUAGAGCUCAACACUAUAUCGUCUUCAUUCCCAGGCCUCAGCAUUCUUGUUACUGAGCUUCACAGGAGCUUACUCCAUCAUUAUGGUGAAAAUCUUGGAUUAGAUUCCAAGAAUGUUCCGCAUAACAGCGCCGUUAAUCAGUUUGCGGAGGCCUUGGCUAAAGCUUGGACCGAGUAUAAUAGCCCGAGGUCUGUAGUGAUGAUCAUAGUUCAGACCGAGGAACGGAACAUGUACGACCAGCACUGGCUUUUUCACGUGUUGAAGGAAAAACAUAAUGUGAAAGCUAUUCGGAAGACCUUAGCAGAGGUAGAUGCACUGGGGGAACUUACACCUGACGGAAGACUACUCGUAGGUGGUCAAGAAAUUUCGGUAAUUUAUUUCAGAGCUGGGUACACACCAAACGACUAUCCCUCUGAUUCAGAAUGGAGGGCUAGACUACUAAUUGAACAGUCUAUGGCAAUCAAGUGCCCAUCGAUAUCCUAUCAUUUAACAGGAACCAAAAAGAUUCAACAAGAACUCGCGAAACCCAGUGUACUUGAGAGGUUCCUUGACAACAAAGAAGACAUUGCAAAAGUGAGGAAAUGCUUUGCUGGGUUAUGGAGCCUAGAUGACCCAGAAAUUAUUCAAAAGGCAAUUGAAAAUCCCAAGUUGUUUGUCAUGAAGCCUCAAAGGGAAGGCGGAGGGAACAAUAUUUAUGAUGAGGAUGUGAGGCAAAACCUCCUGAGGAUACAGGAGGAAGGAACCGAGGAUGCUGCUGCUUACAUUCUUAUGCAGAGAAUCUUUCCGAAGGUUUCCCCUACUUUUCUAAUCCGUGAUGGGAUUUGCCAUAAAGACCGUGCAAUUUCUGAGCUUGGAGUAUACGGUGCUUAUCUAAGGAACAAGGAGAAGGUUAUCGUGAAUGAACAAAGUGGCUAUCUAAUGCGGACGAAAGUAUCCUCUUCGAAUGAAGGCGGGGUUGCAGCUGGAUUUGCAGUUUUAGACAGCAUAUACUUGACUUGAUGCUGGCAAGAUGCCCUAUUAUUCCUCCCGGUGUUACAACCUAGCACAUCAAUAAAUAAAUGAUCUUGUAUGCACAACAGUAUGUUUUGCUCGUAUUUAAUAAAAAUGAUCGAAGACAGAAGUUAAAACAGGGACUUCUUUCAA